AUGCAUCAUGGCUUCCCGCCUCCACAGUUUGGAGAAGAAGCAUUCUAUGCCCCCAACUCCUACAACAGCCGAUCGACGUCUGAGUCCUGCAAUCUGGAGAGGGGCCAUAUAAAGGAGAGGGGCCAUAUAAGUCCUGUCAGGGAAUUACGAGAUAAACAAACAGAGAUGGUGAAGACAGUGGCGGCAGCAGAGAAUGCCAUCAACCAACUCCAACUCAACACGGUUUCCUUUGAGAAUUCAGUGACGGAGGUCCUUGAGGUGAUUGACAGCCAGUUUAUGGAGCUGCAGGCUGCGGUGGAGCGGGCCAAGAGAGAGGUGACAGAGAUCCUGGAGGGAGAGGACAAGCAAGCUCUCAGACAGACCGAGGGGAUCAAGGUACACCUGGAGCAGAAGUGCACUGAGCUGAAGAAGACACAAGAGCAGUUGAAAAAGCUCUCGAAGAACAAGAACGACGUGGACUUCCUACAAUACUCUAAGUGGAAGAAGGACAGCCCUGACAUUACCCUAUCUGGGUUCUACAUCGGCCUUAUGGACCAGCUCAACUCCUUCAGCCGAGUAAUUGUUACCUCCACACAGGAGCUGUGUGAGAAGCUGCUGUCCAAUUACAUAGAGACACUCAAACAGACCUGCAAAAAUGACAGGAUGGGGAUAAAAACCACAGUCCAUGAAACAAUCGCAGCAAAACAGAACAUGACUGUGCCAGACCCAAAGACGCGGGAUGACUUCCUAAAGUAUGCUGCGCCUGUGAGUUUUGACGCAGACACGGCCCAUAAGUUCCUGCGUCUGACUGAGGAAAACAGGAAGGUGACCAACACCACACCCUGGCAACACCCGUACCCCGAUGCCCCGGAGCGCUUUGAGAACUGGCGCCAGGUACUGGCCACAGAGAGCUUCUAUGUUGGUCGACACUACUUCGAGGUGGACGUGAGCGGUGAGGGCACGUACGUAGGACUCACCUACAAGAGCAUUGAUCGCAAGGGCCCAAAGAACAACAGCUGCAUUACCGGCAAUGACUUCUCAUGGUGUCUACAAUGGAACGGCCGCAGCUUCUCUGCCUGGCACAGUGAUGUGGAGACGCCUCUGAAAGUGGAGAAGUUCACACGUAUUGGGGUCUAUGUGGAAUUCAGCUGUGGCCUACUGGCCUUCUAUGGGGUGGAUAAUGCUGUCGGCUUGACCCUCAUUCACAAAUACAAGGCUGACUUUCUGGAGCCUCUCUACCCAGCCUUCUGGCUGUCGAAGAAGGAGAACGUGAUAGAGCUUGUUGGACCUGGGGAGUUGCUCACACUGAAAAGCCCCUCUCCUCCUAACUCACCACCAAACACUGAUGUUGCACCCCCCAGCCGUUUCACAGAUGACAACGAUGAUGAUGACGUCUCCCUGUUUGAUGUAGAGUAG